UUUUCCUUCCUUUUUCUACCCUCCCCCCAUUUCUUUUCCUUCACCGAGACUGGAAAUGGCCGCCGAGUGGUGAGAGCCGAACGGGAGGUGUCGCCCAGAGAGGGUAUAAGCUGUUGUGGAAAAUAUGGGUCGCUCUAACACUAGAUCCCAUUCCUCAAGAUCAAAGACUAGAUCCCAGUCCAGUUCAAGAUCCAGAUCCAGAUCACAUUCUAGAAAAAAGCGAUACAGUUCUAGGUCUCGCUCUAGAACAUACUCACGGUCUCGCAGUAGAGAUCGUGUUUAUAAUAGAGAUUACCGCAGGGAUUACAGAAAUAAUAGAGGAAUGAGACGUCCUUAUGGCUAUAGAGGAAGAGGUAGAGGAUAUUAUCCAGGAGGUGGAGGCAGAUACCACCGUGGAGGUUACAGGCCUGUCUGGAAUAGAAGGCAUUCUCGAAGCCCAAGACGAGGGCGCUCACGUUCCAGGAGUCCAAAAAGACGUUCAGUCUCUUCCCAAAGAUCUCGGAGCAGAUCUCGUAGAUCCUACAGAUCUUCUAGAUCUCCAAGAUCGUCUUCAUCUCGGUCUUCAUCUCCAUAUAGCAAAUCUCCAGUCUCUUCCAAAAGACGUGGGUCAUCAGAAAAGCAGCCGAAGAAAACUGAGGCAGCUGCUUUGCAGGACAGCCCAUUAAAAAGUAAAUCACAAGAGGAAGAGAAAAGUACAUUUGAACACGACCCUUCUGAGACUUUAGAUGAUUUUAAUAAAUCAGCAGCAGCUUCAGCUGAUAUUUGGCCUGGUCUUUCUGCAUACGAUAACAGUCCACGGUCACCUCAUAGCCCUUCUAUUGCCUCUCCACCUAGUCAGAGUUCUUCAUGCUCUGAUGCUCACUUACUCAGCACAGUCCACUCGGCAAAAGACACACCUCAGCAUUCACAUUCCAUUCAGCAUAGCCCCGAAAGAUCUGGGUCUGGUUCCCUUGGAAAUGGUUCCAGUCGUUAUAGCCCUUCUCAGAAUAGCCCAUUACAUCACAUUCCUUCAAGGAGAAGCCCUGCAAAAGCAGUUGCAUCACAGAAUGCUGCACGUGAGGAGACUCGUAUGCGUUCUUUUUAUCCAGAGACUGGGGAACAGGAAAGUGCAAAAGGAGGAAAGUUUCUGAAGAGGUAUACAGAUGAAGAAUCUAGGGUAUACCUGCUUGAUAGGAGUAACGCUAGAGAAAAAGAUGCUCAGAAAGAUAGAGGAUCAGAAAAGGGGAGGACAGAGGGAGAGAGAGAGUGGGAAGACCAGGAAGCUUUGGAAUAUUAUAUGGAUAAAGAGUCUGGAAAACAAAAAUUUAAUGAUUCAGAAGGGGAAGACACAGAAGAAACUGAAGAUUAUAGACAGUUCAGAAAGUCUGUUCUGGCAGAUCAGGGUAAGAACUUUGCUGCGUCUCACCGGAAUGUUGAGGAGGAAGGCUCCAAGUACAAGUCUAAAAUCUCUAUGAAGGCAAAUAGAGAAGGUGAAGGAUUUAGAGAAGAUAAGGGUUAUAAACUUAAAGAGACAACUAGCUACAUAGUUGAAAGACCUAGUUUAGUAAAAGAUAAGUACAAGGAAGAUGAGAAAAUCUCUGAAAGAAUGAUGAAGAAAGAGAUGCAAUCACCUGAACAGGUAAAGUCUGAAAAGCUCAAAGAACUCUUUGAUUAUAGUCCUCCUCUACACAAGAAUCUGGAUAUGAGAGAGAAAGCUAUCUUCAGAGAGGAGAGCCCACUUAGGAUCAAAAUGAUAGCCAGUGACUCCCAUCGACCUGAAGUUAAACUUAAAAUGGCACCUGUGCCACUUGAUGAUUCAAACAGACCUGCUUCCUUGACUAAAGACAGGCUGCUUGCUAGUACACUUGUCCAUUCAGUCAAGAAGGAGCAAGAGUUCCGAUCCAUCUUUGACCACAUUAAGCUACCACAAGCCAGCAAAAGCACAUCAGAGUCAUUUAUUCAGCACAUUGUGUCCUUAGUUCAUCAUGUAAAAGAACAAUAUUUCAAAUCAUCUGGAAUGACCUUAAGUGAGAGGUUCACUGCUUAUCAGAAGGCUACUGAAGAACAUAGCACCCGGCAAAAGAGUCCUGAAAUACACAGGAGGAUUGACAUCUCUCCAAGUACCCUGAGGAAGCAUACCCGUUUAUCAGGAGAAGAGAGAGCCUUUAAAGAAGAAACUCAGAAAGGGGAUAAAAAAUUAAAGUGUGAUUCUGCUGAUCUUCGACAUGACAUCGAUCGUCGUAGAAAAGAACGAAGUAAAGAACGAGGAGACUCUAAAGGUUCCAGGGAAUCCAGUGGGUCAAGAAAGCAAGAGAAAAUUCCAAAAGAUUACAAGGAUUAUAAAACUUUCAAAGAUGAUAGUAAACAAAAAAGAGAACAAGACCAUUCUCGAUCUUCCUCAACUUCCUCCCCAUCUUCCUCCUCAUCCAGUUGCCGAGAAGAAAAGGACUGCAAGAAAGAAAGAGAUGAAGAACUUAAACCCCAUCAUGAGCAGAAAGAAUAUCCAGGUUUUACAGGAGUUGGAAGACCUAGAGGCACAUUUUUUCGAAUUAGGGGCAGAGGAAGAGCCAGAGGCGUGUUUGCUGGAACAAAUACUGGUCCUAGCAAUUCAAACACUACUUUUCAAAAGAGACCAAAAGAGGAAGAAUGGGAUCCUGAGUAUACUCCAAAAAGCAAGAAAUACUUCUUGCAUGAUGACAGAGAUGAUGGUGUUGAUUACUGGGCUAAAAGAGGAAGAGGCCGUGGCACUUUUCAGCGUGGCAGAGGAAGAUUCAACUUCAAAAAAUCAGGUAGCAGUCCAAAAUGGACGCAUGAUAAAUACCAAGGGGAUGGGCUUGUAGAAGAUGAAGAAGAAACAAUGGAAAAUGAAGACAAGGAGAGACGUAAAGAAGAAAAGGAAUAAUAACUCUGAAGACCAGUUCCAGCUGAAAAAAUUAUUUGCUAUCUACGCAGCAUUUUUAAUAUGACUUGUCGUCAAAUGAAUGUAAGCAUUUUACUUAAAUUUUACUGUUGGAGAGUAGUUUAGUUUUGGUUUUGUUUCUGUUUUAAUUCUUUUGUAAUCUCACUAGUAAUUGUUGAAGAUUAUACAAAGCAAGUAGUAAAGGUAUGAUACUAUUUGUCAUGAUCAACUUUUUAAAAUGUUUACUGUUAUACACUGUAACUUUGCUUUGUCCAAAAGAUAUGGUUUAAAAAAAAAAGCUGUACUUCAUUGCCCCGUCCAUGGCUAUGUUUCAUUAUGAAAUAAAACUUAGGUCUGCAUAUUUAGAUAUUGGGGCAGCAUUUUAAAAUAAAUCUGUACUAAAUCUUGGAGCUAAUACUUUCCUGAAGCUUUUGUUUGUGUGGCUUAUAUUUAAAUUGCAAGAUUGUAUAAUCUGGAGUGGGAGUCUUAUAUUUUGUUUAAUUCAGCCACCUAAGUAAUUGUGGCAGCAUGUGAACAGCACUGCAAGAUUAAAAGUUUGCAAUGAGUUUUCCCAAGGCUUGUUCUUGAGCAGGUUUGAGAACUAGAGUACUUUGCUACCUUUGUAUCCCAUUUUCUGAAGAAUGAGUAUAAGUAGGAGGUUAUAUAAGUACUUUGGGAUCUUAUUAAUUUUCUCAUACAUUCACAUUUCUAGAAAACGAUGGGAGUUCUCUUCUGAACAGAUCUAGAUCUGACAAGUAGAGCUGUAGCUUAACAGGUGCUACAUUUCUCCAUCCACAUAAUCUUACUUCUAAUGGGGAAAUGCUUCAACUGUUUGUGCAACAGCACUAAAAGUAGUUUGACCUUCUGCAUAGUCUAUUCUUAUGAGAAGACUUAUCCUACAUUCCAAACGUUUAGGCGUACAACAGAAAGAGGUAAAUUGUAGUGAAAAAUUGCUUUAACACAAGCAUGUUUGAGUGUAUUGUUUCAGUGUUUACAUGCCUAAUAGACAGUCUUAUGUAAAACACAGGAUGCUAUUCAUUUAUAAAAUUUAAACUGUAUAUAAUGAGUGUGAAAUGGAGUUAUUACUGCAGGAGCAUUAGAUGAAGGCUUAUUGGCAUCUGGUGAAAAAUAUUGGCCACAAAUUCACGGCAAUACUGAUCCAGCUAUGAUUGCAUCAACAUUUUCCCCAAUUUGUAAAAUAAUAUUUUCUGUGGGUUUUCUUUAGAAAAAUAACUUGAACAAUGGGAUAUCUCAGUCAUGUUUUCAGUCCUCAGUGAAUAAAGAUGUGAAAAUUUGAAAAGGAAA